CUUUGGUCAAAUAUCGUUGGUGUCAAAAUGGCACAAGAUUUUCAGCGACGUUAUGAGUCCUCUCUUUAUUACCUAGUCUAAGGCGUUGGUGUAAUUCAUUCCUACACCAGUGGGACGAACGAAAGAACCUAUCUCCAGUCUUCAUAGCUGAACGAAAUGAUAUUUUUGAAAACGUCCCAAUUGACAGACAUUACUGGAAGACUAGUUCUUUUCCCACAAUAAUGUGAGGCAUUUCGUCAAAAUUGUCAGCAAUAUAGUUUUUUUUAUCAAUUAUUCGAUAAUUAAGUUUAUUUAAAUUUUUGUAUUGCAAUUUGAGACAUUAAAUUUCUUCUAAAAUAUAACAGAAAGAAAAUACCUAAUCAUGAUUAAAAAGGGACAAAGACAAUCUGGACAACCCGUUAUACAAGAAACAACUGAGCUUCAGAGACAAGCAGUACCAGGCCCGUCCGCCGAUGCCCCUGCCGCAGCCAAGAAAUUGGAAGAAAAAGAAGAUCAGAAGGGAGCACGAGGGGAAGCACCAAAUUUGUUAGCGGGAUUGGCCAAUCUCGAUACAGUUGAAGAAGAACAAGACCAACAAAUUGCCAAAUUGAAAAAAUUUAAAGACCAAAUUACUGUUGAAGGAAAUGUAAGAGUCCAUGUUACAAUGCAGGGUCCAAGAGAAGUUUUAUGUACAAAAUACAACGAGGAAUUUGAUUACAUCGCUGGUGGAUAUUCGGAUGGUGUUGUUAGGGUGUAUAAAAGUAAUACAGGAGAGCAUAUAUUUACUCUUAGCGAUAAAGAAGUGGACAAUGUAGGUGCUCCAUGUACUUCUAUAAAGCACAGACAAAUUUCCAAAUUGUAUCCCAUUACAAACUGUUACACAGCAACAUAUGCAAAUGGCUGUGUAAAAUGUUGGAGCUACCAUUUUAAUCAAUGCCUCUAUACAAUUAGAGAGAAACGUCAAACGUAUGGACUAGCCUAUCACCCAAGGUUUCCUAAAUUUGUCACAUAUGGGGAUGACCUUAAAAUUCAUCUAUAUGAUGAGGAAACCAGAACCCAAGAACGAAUAUUAACAUCAAGUAAUUAUCCCGAUAAACACGAUGGACACACAUCUCGCGUUUUCGCAGGAGUAUUUCAUCCUAAAAAUAAUUACGAAUUAAUUACUGGAGGAUGGGAUGACACCAUACAAUUUUGGGAUCUCCGACAACCUUACGCUGUAAGACAUAUUGCGGGUUGUCAUCUUUGUGGAGAAGGUUUAGAUAUACAUCCAAGAGGAAACGAGAUUUUAGUAGCAAGUUUUCAACUUACUGAUGCUUUACAACUCUUCGAUUAUGGAAGCGGUAGAAGAAUUGCUCGUUUAGAACCCGAUAUAUAUCCGAGUAAGUUAUAUUGUGGAAAAUUUAUAAAUAAGGAUUUCGUAAUAUGCGGUGGAGCUGAACCUCAUAUUGUUCGAAUAAUAGAUCUUCAAAGUACAACAAAUGCUGGUCUAAUAACGUCCAUUAGUGGAGGUGUAUAUAGCUGUGACAUUGGACCUGCUAGAAAAAAAUACGAAAAAGAUAAAAAAGAGUAUUUUGCCGAAGAUGUACAGAUAAGAAUGAAAACAGAUUUAACUGUGUUACCAAGAGUUGUAUUUUUAUCGUCCAAAAAAAUGUAUCAAUUAGAAUUUUUCUAAAGAUUUUAAAAUUUGUUACUUUGUCUCAAUAUAGACCUAAAAAUUA